AAAAAUCUAUAAGCAAGUAAAUCCAAUUUACACAGUUGAGCACAAUAGCAUAAAAAGUGAGAGAAAGUGAAAUCGGAAUCAUUCAGAUCUCAGCUUCCACUAACUGACUCCAAUUCACCGGAGUUCAGUUCAGCCGUUGGAUCGGAUUCUCUCUUACCCAAAAAUCGUUCAUUUUGGCCUCUCAGUUCCUUUUGCUCGCUUCAAAUUUUCGGAUUUGAUUUGGAAUUUGGAAGUGGAAAAAAUGGGUAGCCAAGACAACAACGCAUUGUCAUCAAGUUCAUUUCUAGAUGACAAAUCUGCCAAGGUUUUUGUUUCCGGUCACCGGGGUCUUGUUGGUUCGGCCAUUGUUCGCAAGCUGACUCAACUUGGGUUCACUAAUCUUAUCUUGAAAUCUCAUGCGGAGCUUGAUCUCACUCGACAAUCUGAUGUUGAAGCCUUUUUUGCUUCCACGAAGCCGGAGUUUGUCAUUGUAGCUGCUGCCAAAGUUGGUGGAAUUCAUGCCAACAACACCUAUCCUGCUGAUUUCAUUGCCAUCAACCUCCAAAUCCAGACCAAUGUUAUUGAUUCUGCUUAUCGUAACGGUGCUAAGAAGUUGUUGUUUUUGGGUUCCUCUUGCAUUUACCCUAAAUUUGCACCACAGCCGAUCCCGGAGGACGCUUUGCUUACUGGCCCCUUGGAGCCCACAAAUGAAUGGUAUGCAAUUGCCAAGAUUGCCGGGAUCAAAAUGUGCCAGGCUUACAGAAUUCAGCACAAGUGGGAUGCAAUUUCAGGGAUGCCGACCAACUUAUAUGGACCAAAUGACAAUUUCCAUCCCGAGAAUUCGCAUGUUCUACCUGCUUUGAUGAGGAGGUUUCACGAGGCGAAAGUCAAUAAUGCCAAGGAGGUAGUGGUGUGGGGUACAGGGAGUCCAUUGAGGGAGUUUUUGCACGUUGACGAUUUGGCUGAUGCGGUUGUCUUCAUGAUGGAAAAGUAUAGUGGACUUGAGCAUUUGAAUGUAGGAAGUGGAAAAGAAGUUACUAUUAAGGAAUUAGCGGAGUCGAUGAAGGAAGUGGUGGGAUUUGAAGGCGAUCUCGUUUGGGAUAGUACUAAACCGGACGGGACACCAAGAAAACUGAUGGAUAGCUCGAAACUUGCAGCCCUUGGCUGGUCACCGAAAGUCUCACUCAAGGACGGGCUUGUGGAUACCUAUAAAUGGUAUUUAGAGAAUGUCAAACAAUGAUUCUCCUGGUUGAGCAGAAUGUAUCUUAUCAUAUUUUAUAGGUAUUUGUCAUUUUUCAUUAUGAUGAAGAGUUAUUUUUAUAAAAUAAUUGUUAUCCGGUAACAGUGUAUGAACAAUUUUUCUGUACCAAUUAUGUAGGAUGAAUACUUCUGUGCUAUUUUUAAUUUUGUUUUUCUUGUUCAAUAUAUCAUGAUAAUGAAGGCCAUUGUUAAAGACCAUGAACAGAUGCUAUUUCAUGUUCA